AUGGUCCAAGAAGCUGAACGAGGUGUUCAAGUAAUUCAAGAAAGGAUACUAACUGCUCAAAGUCAUCAGAUAUCUUACGUUGAUAACAACCAGAAACCCUUAGAAUUUGAAGUCAGCGAUUAUGUGUUUUUGAAAGUUUUGUCUACAUACAUCAGACACUUUGAGGUACUGAGGCACAUUAGCAUAAUUGCUUAUCAUUUGGUGUUACUGCCUAACUUGUCCAAUGUUCAUCCAGUUUUUCAUGUGUUCAUACUUAAGAAGUAUGUUCUUGAUCCUUUGCAUGUGAUACGAUAUGAUGAAGUCCAGUUACAAGACGAGCUUAGUUAUAAGGAGCAACCCCUAGUUAUAUUGGAUCGGCAAGUAAAACAGCUUUGCUCCAAAGAUAUUGUCAUAAUGAAACUAUUGUGGCAAAGCCAUUCAAUUGAAGAAGCCACAUGGGAACUCAAGAAAAAAAUGUAA